CCCCCGAGAUUCCAAGCUGGAAUCGGAACAACCCCGGCCCUACUCCAAUACUACCCUUCUCGGUCUCUCUCUCUCGCUUGGCUUCCUCGCCACUCCAGAUCGAGUUCGGGAGGAGGAAGAGACGAAGAAGGCGAGAGAUCCGAGGAGGCGUUGCGGCGCCGAGAAGAGGGAAGGAGGCGAUCGAUAGAUCGAACGAUGGGUGCCAGCGAUGCCCUAACGGAGCGGGCGGCCUUCCUCCGCGACUCACUCGACAAGAGUCGCACCCACACCGAUCGCAUGGUCUCUAUGCUCGGCUCCUUCGACCACCGCCUCUCCGCCCUCGAGGCCGCCAUGCGCCCCACCCAGGUGCGGACUUAUGCUAUUCGGAUGGCGCACGAGAACAUCGACAAGACGCUCAAGUCGGCCGACGUUAUCCUGGGUUACUUUGAGCGCACGCGAGAGGCGGAGCUCAAACUGUCAAGGGGGCCGCGUGACAACCUUGAAAGUUAUCUCACUGCAAUUGAUCAGCUGAGAGGCAUCUUGCAGUUUUUCAGCUCAAAUAAAAGCUUAAGGAGCAAUGAUGGUGUGGUAAACCAGGCAAACAAUACUCUAGCUAAGGCCAUAAUGAAGCUGGAGGAUGAGUUCCGCAGUCUCCUAGUUACUCACAGUAAGCCAGUUCCUCCUGAUAGCCUUUUUGGAUCUCUUCCGGAGAUAUCACAGCCAUUGUCAGGAUCACUGGACCAGCAGAGUGAAAGUGCUAAAAACCUAUCUAGUACAAAUCAUUCUGAGCAUCAAGUUAAAAGCUCAGAGGCUGCUGCCUUGACACCCCCAAAACUUAUCCCGCCAAGGAUUUUGCCUCUAUUGCAUAAGUUAGCUCAACAGUUGGUUCAAGCUGGACGUCAACAGCAAUGUCUAAAAAUUUACAGGGAAGUUCGAUCUUCGACUUUGGAGAAAAGCCUUUCAAGCUUGGGUGUGGAAAAACUAAGUAAAGAGGAGGUGCAAAAACUUCCAUGGGAGUCUUUAGAAACAAAAAUUGGAAAUUGGAUUCACCACAUGAGGAUUGCAGUUAAACUUCUUUUUGCUUGGGAACGGGAAUUGUGCAAUCAAAUCUUUGAAGGUAUUGGGUCGGUAAAGGAUCAAUGUUUUUCUGAAAUAACUGCAAACAGCAUGUUGGUGCUACUUAGCUUUGGAGAGGCUAUUGCUAAAAGCAAAAGGUCACCAGAAAAACUGUUUGUGCUCCUAGACAUGUAUGAAGUAAUGCAUGAACUUCAACCAGAGAUUGAAUUGAUUUUUGACGGAAAGUCUUGCUCUGAGAUGCGAGAUUCUGCACUGAGUUUGACAAAGCAAUUGGCACAAACAGCCCAAGAGACGUUUGGGGACUUUGAGGAAGCUGUUGAGAAAGAUGCUUCAAAAACAUUUAUUGCUGAUGGAACUGUCCAUCCUUUAACCAGCUAUGUCAUUAAUUACGUGAAGUUUCUUUUUGACUACCAGGCAACACUCAAACAACUUUUCCUGGAGUUUGGACAUGGAGAUGGAACAAGGAACCAGUUGGCAUCUAUAACAAUGCGAAUUAUGCAAGCUCUUCAGAGUAACUUGGAUGGGAAGUCCAAGAUGUAUAAAGAUCCUGCUUUGCAAUGCUUGUUUCUUAUGAAUAAUAUUCACUACAUCGUUAAAUCUGUGCGGAGGUCAGAAGCAAAGGAUAUACUGGGUGAUGAUUGGAUACAAAGACACCGUAGGUCUGUACAACAAAAUGCGAACCAGUAUAGGAGGUUUGGUUGGGCAAAGAUAUUGCAAACCCUCUCUGCCCAAGGUUUGACAUCAUCUGGAGGUGGAAGUAUACCUGGAAGCGAUGGUGGAAGUAGUGGUUUAGUCCCGAAACCAAUAUUGAAAGAUAGGUUCAAGUCCUUCAACAUGCAGUUUGAGGAGCUUUGUCUAAGGCAGUGUGAGUGGGCGGUACCUGAUCAAGAGCUGCGUGAAUCUUUAAGGCUUGCAGUUGCUGAAGUUCUCUUACCUGCGUAUAGAUCUUUCAUAAAACGGUUUGGGCCAAUGCUUGAGAACAACAAGAAUCCAUCAAAAUACAUCAAAUAUUCUCCAGAAAAUAUCGAGACAAAGUUGGGUGAAUUGUUCGAGGGGAGAUCGGCAGCAAAGAUGACCACUGAGCCAAGGCGAUCGUAGGUGGUGUGGCACGAACCAAUCUUCCAUAAAUCCCCCCCAAAAAAAAAAAAAAAUCUGAGCAACUUGGAGUAUCUCGCCUUUGCCCCAGCAACUCGUGUAUGUCGUCAGGUUUGUUUCACAGAUUAGGCCACACUUGUGCUCUUUCUCAGGACAAGAUUUUAUCUAGGUUUUGACUGUUGCUUUGUUCUUUGUUACAACAAAUCUAUUAUUCUUUUUUGUGUGCUGCUUCCGGACUACUACUUCGAGAGGAUCGAUCGAUCGUUCGUUAA